CUCUUUUGCCUUUUGCACCUAUUACAACAUAGCGGGGAGAGGGAUGGACGUUGGACGUUUGCAUCGCGUCUUAUAGCCGGCCAGGAUUGUAAGGCCGCGCCGUCAAGGUAGGCCACCCAUUCGACACGCUGCCGCCGCAAAAUAAAAGCCAUUCCCAUCCGGGAUUUGAACCCAAGUUCUUCGAUACACGACCGCCACUUCAGCCCACUCAGCCACCGAGGCACCAAUUAGUGAAUGUUCGUCUAAACUUAGAGUGAUGGUACCACCAGCACUCAACUGAGGAAAAUAUUUCUGUGCCUAGGAAUCGUACCCCAGUGCUCUCUCUGGGCGACCUCAGGAUUGGGACUCGAACUCGAGCCCUUCCCAUUGCAGCCAUCUCUUCAGCCCACACCGACUCGCUUGGAACAAGUUGCCCCGAGACCCGGGCCUCCCCACCCCAAAGUUGGCAUCUCUGCCGACCAUUGUUAAAGUCGGUUACCCCGCCCUCCAAAUUCACCAUCACUUGAAGCAGGGAGGCCACAACCAGGAUGUCUUUGGCCAGGAUUUCGUCCGCGCUGCCGGGCGUCGGCGCCGCGGACGAGGGCGAGGGCAUCGUCAUCAACCCCGACGUGACGACUCCGGUCCGCACGGAGGAGGCGCACACCAGAAACUCGUCCACCCCGCACUCGCGCACCACCACCACCGUCACGACCGUCACCACCAGGACGCCGACGUCCACCGAGGUGGUCAAGACGACGGUGGCCGUGACCAAAGACACGGCGCCCGGCGAGGACGGCGUGGCCACCUUGCCGCUGCCCACCGUGACGCGCUGCACCACCAAGGAGACCACCAUCACCACGGGGAAGGCCGUGGUGCGCACCGUCGAGGAGCACGCCACCACCACCUCGGCCACGGCCGCGCAGCUCAGCGCCACGUCCUUCGACGUGCUCUAAACAGUUUGCUCCGGGGGCUUUGAGUGAAAGGUACAAGUGGCUUAUUCACCAUUUUUAUUUAUGAAAAAAAAAAUAAAGGGGGAUUUAGUCAUGCGGCAACAAAACAAGGUCUCCUCUAUCCUACACAAACUCAAGUUACAAAAAGUUUCAAUUAAUAUGACCACUUUGAACCAUGUGCCCUACAGUUGGGAAACUGGUCAAUGGUUGUGUUUCCACUCACA